AUGGCACAACUGGCUCAGGUGAUGGCCCAGCAGGCUGCCACUGUUGCUGCUCAGACCGCAGCACAGACACAGCGGGAAGCUGAAGAGAAUACCAGGAGGGCUGAAGAGGACACCAGGAGGGCACAAAGAGCUGAGAGGGAACUGGCACAGGACCAGAUCCGUAUGAGGACUAACUUCAACCGCCAUGGACCACCCAGGUUUCAAGGCGAGGUUGAACCUGAGAAAGCUGAUCUAUGGAUACAGGAAAUGGGGAAUAUCUUUGAGGCUCUUCACACUCCGGAUGCGGAGAAGGUGAACUUGGCUACCUUUAUGCUGAAAGGUGACGCUGAGUACUGGUGGAGGAGCGCCAAGCAGUUGAUGACUGCUAACCAUGUGGCUAUUUCUUGUGAGUCUUUCAAAAGGGCUUUCAUGGAGAAGUACAUCCCGGAGACUAUCAGGGAAGACAUGGAAAAUAAAUUCCUUAGCUUGAGACAAGGAACGAUGACAAGACGGACCAGAAGGUUUGAUGGACAGAGGCAAGCUGGGAGGUUUGACAAGAGCAAGGCACCGCCGAGGAAGUCUUAUCAACGUCCUGUUGACAAGGUACCUUUUGCUGGAAGGGGUGGAGCAGCUAUUCCUAAGGAGGAUGUUGUCUGUUUCAAAUGCAAUCAGAAAGGGCACUAUGCAAAUGAGUGCGGAAAGGAGAUUGUGUGCUGGAAGUGCCAGAAGCCAGGACAUGUAGAGAGAAACUGUCCUAAUGCUGCUAAGGCCGAGCCAGUGCUGAAUAUUGCUAGAGGAAGGCGACCUUCUGCUCCAGGGCGUGUGUUCGCAGUAUCUGGGGAACAUGCUGCACCUUAUCCAUGGUACGUGUACUAUCGCUGGAAACUCCUUAAUGGUCUUAUUUGA